AUGGACUGGAGAUGUGAUAUAGCUCAUAGCUCAAUGCAUCCACUGGACUUUGGAUCGAGUACCCUCAGGCCACGCAUGCACCAUCGAAGAGAGCUCUUGUUCGAAUUGAAUCGGGCUACUGGAACCUUGGAACGAUUCCGAAUGCCUCAUAAGACAAAUUCAACCAUCGCGGCCGUCGAACAGGCUACGACAAAAGAACUGUUCAACGUCAUCCUCUAUGACUAUGCUCCCUAUUCUGCUGGGAUCAAAAACAGCAAGAUCAUACUUGGAGACGGCAAGGAUAAUUGUGCUGCCACAUUGUUUGGCGAUGUACACCCUGCUAACAUGAUAAGUAUUCAGACACAAAGGACCAUGUCCGAGACUCAAGCCAACUCACGUCGAGACCACUAG